UGGGUUUUUGUGAACUGACUGUACAACCUGUACCUAAAUCUUUCCAAUAGGUGGCAGCAUUGCCGAUUUAUCAAAUAUGGAAGACAACUGUAUUGGUGAAAGUUUGAAAGAGAAGGGAAAUGCUAAUACCGAAAUACAAGAACAUAAAAAAAAGGAUUGCAUUCUUGAUCGUAUGGAAAUAUGUGUGACAGAAGCAGAGAAGAGAGAAGCAGGAACCCUCAACAUAAGGGAUUUCUACACCGUUUACUUAAUAGAAACAAAAGUGAUUGAUCUGGAUUGGAGUGGAAUUGUGAACAAAUUGAGUUCAUUAUGGAGACGUUACAGUGAAUUUGAACUUCUCCGGACUUGCCUUGAGGUGACAUAUCCAUAUAUUGUCUUACCUCCAUUACCAGAGAAAAAAGUUCUGUAUGCUUGGCAGAAAGCUGCUUCAGAUACAUUUGACCCUGAUUUUGUUGACAGGCGUCGGGCAGGACUUGAGAAUUUUCUGCUUCGUGUUGCAUCACAUCCCCUUAUUUCGUUUGAUCGACAGUUCAUCGGGUUUUUGCAGCAAGACGAAAGCUGGAGGGAAUGUAUUAAAGAUGCAGGCUGUUUGCAGCUGGCUGAAUCCAAAUUGAAAGCUUUGAGUGUGGCUGUAAGGUUGAAGAAACCUGACAAGAGGUUUGAAGCGAUCAAAAACUAUGGAAAUGAGUUACAGACUAACCUCGGCAACCUGUUGCGUGUGCGGGCCAGGAUGGUGGAACGACUGUAUGGGAUACACAAGCUCCAUGCCAAUUAUGGCCAUAUCUUCAGUGAGUGGAGUGCGAAGGAAAGGGAAAUGGGAGAUGGAUUGCAGAAAGCAGGGCACUACCUGGACUCAGUAGCUGCUGGUAUUGACAUCCCCCUAGAGGAAGAAGAACUGUUUGCAGAUCAACUAAAGGAAUAUCUCUUUUACGCUGGAGCCCUCCAAGCAGUCUGCCGUCGGCAGGAAAUGUUGCAGUUGCAACUAGAAAAAGCAGAGAGUCAAGUAGUGUCAUGCGCCACUGAGAAAGAUAAUGUUCAGAAGGGAAAGUUUGGACUGAUGUCACGUCUCUUUGGGAGUGUGGAUACAGAAGAGGUACGUGAACUAAAGGUGAAUCUCAUUGACCAGAGAAUUCAGGAGGGCAAGAACAGCAUCCUCAAUGCUCAAGAGGAACUCAAUGAAUUUUCGAGGGAAGCUUUAAUUGAUAUUGAAAGAUUCCAGCAACAGAAGGUUCUGGAUCUUCGUGAAACAUUGGCAGGCUAUGUGGUUCUCCAGAUCAAAAUGUGUCGGAAGGGUCUGCAGACUUGGACACACAUUCGAGACUGUCUGGAGGCCAUACCAUAAAGAGUAAGUGGAGUGCAAGUUUCCAUGAUUUUUAGGGAUGCCACCUGAUGUCAUAUUUAACAUUCAUUAUUUCACUAAGAUAUUUGAUAUCACUGCCUUAUUAUUCUAGCGUUAUAUUCAUGUAUUCGUAUGUUAAAGAAGGAAAAGAAAUUAUGUUAAAUGUAAUUGAAACUCACAAAAAAUGUUUUGUAGCCAUCAGUUGGACAGGUUUGUAGCUGAUAUCAGGUUAGUUGAUACUGUUUUGAUGAUGUGUCACCAUGAAUGGCAUCCCUAUGGACAGAAACAUCACCGUGUAUCUUCGUUAUCAUUAAAUCUUUACCUCAAUGACAGAAACGACAGUGCAGUGCACUGGUCAUCUUGUGUGGUACUGAUAAGAUGAUCGUGUGUACCUCACAUGUGUUUCAUUGCUUUUGUUUGUGUUAUUAUCUGGUCAAACUUAAUCGAACUCCAUUACCGCUUGUUGCAAAAAUUGCAUAGACUAUCUGCUUGGAUUCCUGUGAAAUUUGUUAUACUGUUUUUCAAGUUAGACUUUUUGCAGUGUGCUGGUGUACUUAAAAGAGAAACCACGCGUAAUGAGUCCUUCACACGCUGUGCAACUGUUCACUUUUCUCUCGAAUAAUUGAAUGUGCCCAUCGAAAUACUGAUCCAGAUUUUAGCGAUCGGCUGUAUCGUACUCGCCUUGGCGCUAACGUACAUUUGUAUGAGUGAGGAUUGCUAUGUAUCAAAUAUUUUCCAAUCAUUACAGUUGGGGCAUGUUUUGAUGAUGGUCACUGAAGAGAAAUUAAUCAAUUUCAUAUUUGAUUGGUAAUGAGUGAGAGUUUUCAAACCAUGAUCAUUAGCAAUCAGACCCAAAUUAAAGUGUGAUGAUAAUUUGUGAUAUUUGUGCUACAAAGUGUGAUGUCUCUGCUCUCAGAUUAUUACAAAGUGGAGGUAAGUGUUUAGGUAUAGCAGGCGUAGCGAAAAGUUGGCUGUUGUCCAUUCCUGUCAUUUUGAGAACUGACUUUGCUGUGUCUUUCCACGUGCUGUGUAGAGGAUCUUGGUAUUCCAGUAAGAUGAUACGACACUGGAAUUAAAACCGCUGAUUGCCCUUGUUUGAAUGUUUGCAUUACGAUAUUUUCGUUGCUGAGCUGUGUUUGUUCUCGGAAGAGGUUGAUUCUGUUUUUGCUGUAUUCGAGGAUUUGGAAGCUCUGCUUUUUUGGAACAUUUCAUGCUGUUUAAUUGUGUUAGUUUAUUUGGGAUUUGUGAGAGAAAUUAUAAAUUGCGACUGCUUGUAGAGCCGCUGUACGUAGUGUAACGUUGCAUUUAGGUAAUCAGCACAGUUGUGUAAUUUGUACUGCUAGUUAUUUUGAUAAAUAAUUUUUAUUACUAAAUAUACUCUUUCUCAUUUUGGUAAACAUACUGGUAUGUGAAAAUAGAAAUGUGAAUAAUUAAUUUUUGUCAAAUUUUAGUCAUCUUAAUCAGGUUAUCAGGAUAUUUAUUGCCAGAUUAACAUUUCAGAUGAGCUUGGCUGUGAAAGAUGCACAUUAUUCGCACAGGUGAGCAAGUCUGUUUGAAAAUAGGUAUUUUUGUGAAUUAAAAUGUAGAAUUGUUGAUGCACAUUUUGUCAGAGGAGUUCAAAACUGAAGAUUCUGCAUAAAUUAACUGAACUUCAUAUUGUGGGCAAACUGACAGUUUGUUAAAUAUCUGCAAAAUACCUCAAAAUUCAUGCUUGCCCUGAUGUUGCCUGACAGUUUUCCUUUUUACUUGCCUGUUGAGUGCUAAAUAUAUGGUAAUUAAGUAAGAUUCAGGGUCAUUAUGCCAGAGAGUCUAGUGGACUUUUACCAAUGUUUCAGAGGCACUUCUGCCUCCAUUGUCAGGGCAGUGAGUAAGAUUACUUGUUGCCCUGAUGAUGGAGGCAGUAAGUAUCUCUGAAACAGUAAGCUUCUACCAGGCUGCAUGGUGUGAGUGCCCAGAAGACAGCAUCUUUGUAUUCUUCCACGAGAACUGGAAAUUUCAUUUAGUCACUAGGUCGACUAAACAGUCGGAUAAUAAGAAGAAAGCAGCAGAGGACGAAGGUUACCAUCUUCAUAGCAGUGAGGACUUCAUAUUUUGUGUAAAGGAACGUGUUAGGCCUAAUCUUUGCAAGUGAUUUUGGUAAGUAAUUUAUAUAUUUUGCAGCUAGAACUUGCUACUUCUGUUUUGACCUUGAUGAAUGGCCCAUUUUAAGGUGGAGCUUAUCUGCAUAUUACUGUUCAUUUUUCAUUGGUCAUAGAGUUUUGGCUGUUUUAGUAAUUUAAAUUCACAUAAUGAAGUUACUUCUAGCAAUAUUAAACAAUUCUGGGAGACCUAGAAUCUUCAGUUUUGCGUGUCCUGUACGCACAUGUUUCUCUUCCAUUUAUAAAUCUUUAUAUUUUGUCUGUUGAUUAGCCUGCGAUAUUUGUAUAAACUGUGUGCCCACUGUUGGACAUUAUUAGCAUCUGGUAAAUAAUUUUCAUAGGUUUGGUAUACAAAUAUUUUUAAUUAAAUCUGAGAUGUACAGUCGUGUUUUUGAAUGAUGUGAAUGUUUAAUUUAUGUAAAUAGUGAUUAUAUAUUUAUUUGUGGACCAAUAGAAGAUACAAACAUGUAUUUAAGAUGUUUAUGUAUUUGGAUAUAUUAAAAAGUUUCAUCAGUAAGAUGGAACAUGUGAUGUUUGGUUGUGAAUCUCAUUACUGUGUCACAUUUGAUGCUGUUGUAAUGUUGACAGACGUUUGUUCCAGCUAAAUGUCAUUGCACUUCACUUUUAAUUUAUAUUUAUGUAAAUAAAUUAUUUUCACAUACA